GUCACACUAAAAAAACCGGGGGAACCUUCAGACACAUUGAAGGAAGUUGACUACAAGUUUUUCCGUACUUUUCUUUUUAUACUGUAUUACCUAAUUUAGAUGUCAAUAACGUUUUUUUUUCUCUUUUUUAAUACUAUCGAUUAUGGUCCCUCGUUGCCAACCAUAUCUCCUUUCCUUUUUUCGUCUCUCUCUCUCUGCAUCUGCACGUCUGUUUAUCUUUUCUUGAUCUUUGUUUUCCUGUUAACUUGUCACAGAACUGUUUCUGUAAGGCUAGGCUUGUUAACUUGUCACAGAACUGUUGAUGUAACAGUCUCUCUCCUUUGAUUUGAGCUGAUUCGUCACUUAGCUUGAUGAAUUUCUAAUUUAUCUUGGGUUUGUUUCAGAUUCAGACAAGGAAUAGAAACACCAAACUUUCUUUCAUCUUCUUCUAAUGAUGUUGACGAGCCCAACUUUGAAGAGUUUAUGGUUCUUGUUCACCACAGUAGUCACUAUUCUUGGAAUCUUAGGACAAAACCUCCCUUGUGUUUUGUCUACUCCACACCGUAUUCUAGUGGAUACAGAUGUCGACACAGACGAUUUAUUCGCUAUACUCUACCUCCUGAAACUCAACAAAUCAGAAUUCGAUCUAGUCGGGAUUACAUUGAGUGCGAAUGCAUGGACAAACGCAGGACACGCCGUGAAUCAAGUGUAUGAUUUAUUGCACAUGAUGGGUCGUGACGAUAUCCCCGUUGGUGUCGGCGGGGAAGGUGGGAUUCGCGACGACGGUACUAUUCACUCUGACGUCGGUGGUUAUUUUCCGAUCAUCGAACAGGGGAUGACGACAACAGGAGAAUGUAGAUACAGACAAGCCAUUCCUAAAGGUCUUGGAGGCCUUCUCGACAUUGACUCCAAUUAUGGAUUUCGUAAACAGUUUCUUCCUCAGGGGAACAGAAGAUACACUCCUCUCCGGCAACCAACGGCACAAAAAGUGAUCGCCGACAAAAUUUCCGAAGGUCCAACCACUGUGAUCCUGAUCGGAUCCCACACCAAUUUCGCACUUUUCUUGAUGUCAAACCCUCACUUGAAACACAACAUCCAACACAUCUACAUCAUGGGCGGUGGUGUCCGGUCACAAAACCCCACCGGCUGCUGUCCGGCGAACUCCACUGCUGCGGAAUGUCAACCUCGACAGUGUGGGAACCGUGGAAACUUGUUCACAGAUUAUACAAGUAAUCCUUACGCUGAAUUCAACAUCUUCGCUGAUCCUUUCGCUUCUUACCAGGUGUUUCAUUCAGGUGUUCCAGUGACUCUGGUUCCUCUAGAUGCAACCAACACUAUUCCGAUCAACCAGAAGUUCUUCGAGACAUUCGAGAAGAACCAGAGAACAUACGAAGCUCAAUACGUUUUCUUAUCUCUGAAAAUCGCCAGAGACACUUGGUUCGACGAUGAAUUCUAUAAGAGCUACUUCAUGUGGGAUUCUUUCACGGCUGGUGUUGCAGUCUCAAUUAUGAGAAACUCUGGUAACAACAAAAAUGGUGAGAACGAUUUCGCGGAGAUGGAGUAUAUGAACAUAACCGUUGUUACUUCAAACAAACCUUAUGGAAGAUCCGAUGGCUCAAAUCCAUUCUUUGAUAAAAGAAGAACUCCAAAGUUUAACCUAACCGUUGGAGGAGUUCAUAGUGGUCAUGUUCAGAUGGGUUUGCGAGAUCCAGCUUGCUUACCGAAAAGCGGAAAAGGAAGAGGAAAGUGUAAGGAUGGUUACACACAAGAGAUCUCUGGACCUGAUUCUGUUCGUGUUCUUGUCGCGACACGAGCUAAACCCAACAUAAACAUCAAAAGUAAACUUGACAGAGAGUUCUAUGUUGAUUUCCUGGAAGUUUUGAAUAGACCUGAAGAAACGGGGAGAUUUAACUUUUCAUCUCAGUUUCCAUACUACAAAGAAGAACUGUUUAGACCAGAUCUUAGCAAAACACGUCUCGGAAAGCCUGUUGUUUUCGAUAUGGAUAUGAGCGCCGGAGAUUUCCUUUCCCUCUUCUACCUCCUCAAAGUUCCGGUGGAAGAAAUCGAUUUGAAGGCUAUUAUUGUGAGCCCAACUGGUUGGGCUAAUGCAGCAACAAUCGACGUGGUCUAUGAUCUGCUUCAUAUGAUGGGUCGGGACGACAUCCCAGUCGGUCUGGGAGACAUGUUGGCAUUGAACCAAUCCGACCCGAUUUUCCCACCGGUUGGAGAUUGCAAGUACGUUAAGGCUGUUCCACGAGGCUGUGGCGGAUUUCUGGAUUCCGACACUCUCUACGGUCUUGCUCGUGACCUUCCGAGAAGCCCACGCAGAUACACUGCGGAGAAUUCAGUAGCAGAUGGAGCUCCAAGGGACACUGAUCGGCCUGAACUCCGACAACCUCUGGCUCUUGAAGUUUGGCAAAAUCUAACCAAAUCUGGUAACGGAGUGUCUAAUAUCACUGUACUAACCAAUGGACCGUUGACUAGCUUAGCCAAGAUUAUCUCAUCAGAUAAAAAAUCAUCCUCAAUAAUCAAGGAAGUUUACAUCGUGGGUGGACAUAUAAACCCUGAGAAAUCAGACAAAGGGAAUAUAUUCACGGUUCCUUCGAAUGCAUAUGCUGAAUUCAAUAUGUUUCUUGAUCCUUUAGCAGCUAAGACCGUUCUUGAAUCCGGUCUAAACAUCACACUCAUCCCUCUAGCAACCCAACGCAAGUUUUCUUUCCAACCAAUGCUUAAUAGACUCAAUCCCUCAGCGAAAACACCCGAAGCUCGGUUUGUGAGACGGCUGCUUGCAAGAUUGCAAGCUCUUCAUCAGAAACACAGGAGAUACACGCACAUGGACAUGUUCUUAGGGGAAAUUAUUGGAGCAGUUUUCUUGGGAGGCGAUCACGCUUCAUUGAAGCCGAAACUGAGAGCUGAGCACUUAAAAGUGAUCGCUGAAGGGGACGAAUCGAUAGAUGGUAAGAUAUUGAUUGAUAAACUGCGCGGCAAACAAAUAAAGAUACUUGAAAUAGUAGAUCUGAGAAGCUUCUCUGAGAGUUUUACUUCUAGACUCGAUGAUAAGAAACAAUCAGCAGUCAUAGGAAGCUUUGAAGAACAAAAGAAAAAAUGGAGCACACCACCAAGCUGACUAAACAUGUUGGCAUAGAUUUAUGUACAAGAAUAAACCAGAUUAUUUUCUAUUCAAUUUUGUUUUUAGACUGUUUUCUUUUAACUAGUGUAUUCCUUUUCUAGGGUUCAUCAAAUUUAUUUCUGGUACUCUAUAUAUAUUUGUUUCCGUGUUCAA